UAUAGAAAGGCGACUCGUUUGUGAGACAUCAGCCCCCCUUACAAUGGUGGUACUUUAUGAUUUCCAACUACUAUAAAAGCUUUAGAUGGGCUCAAUUCCACACAGUCUUCUGCUGUCCACUCUUUAGUAAAGCAUAAUGAAGACUACCGUGUUCCUUGUAUUGUGCAUCGCCGCCGCCCUCGCUGAGGAGAAGAAGACCACGAAACGUGGUGUCUUCGGCGAAUCCUUGGGAUUGGGUGUUGGGAGUGUGGGUCUCGGACACGGUGGCAUCGCUUUAGAAGGUCAUGGGUUAUCAUCUGGGAUUUCUGGUGGACUUGUCUCAUCCCAUGGGUACGGACUGGGUUCCGGGUACGCGACCUCUCUAGGCUCCGGAUACACCUCGUCGCUAGGCUCAGGAUACGCCUCGUCUCUAGGAUCUGGAAUUGGGUUAGGAGGAGCCGGAGUUGGGUUAGGAGGAGCCGGAGUUGGAAUCGGACAAGGAGUUAUCAAUCUUGGAGCUUCCGUUUCCCGUCAUAUCACAGUCACUAACAGAGUUGGUAUCCCUAUUCCGCAGCCAUACCCCGUGACUGUCCAUAAAAACGUCCCAGUGCCAGUUCCUCACCCAGUGCCGGUCCCAGUUGAUCGCCCAUAUCCCGUCCAUGUACCCAAACCAUAUCCAGUGCCAGUAGUUAAACACGUUCCUGUUCAUGUGGACAAACCAUACCCAGUUCCGGUUAAAAUCCCAGUGAAGGUUGCCGUUCCAGUACCAGUUAAAGUACCAGUACCCAAACCAUACCCUGUUCCUGUCCAUAAGCCGGUUCCAGUUCCCGUUCAUGAACCAGUGUAUGUCAAGAAACCAGUGCCAGUGUUGGUCCAUCAUGGGCACGAAGAGUAUGGACAUGGUAGUUAUGGGUAUGGAGGAAUCGGACAUGGUAGUUAUGGGUAUGGAGGAAUCGGUCAUGGUAUUGAACUUGGAGGACAUGGAAUUGAACUUAGCCAUGGAAUCGGGUUGGGAUCCAGCUACGGAUACGGUCAUGGGAACAGUUUGGGAUCCAGUUACGGUCAUGGGAUCGGUUUAGGUAGUUACAAAUCAUGGUUGCUCUCAAGUCUGACGACCCAGACGGUAAAGUUUCCCAUACAUACCGUGGUCGAUUUUGCGUAUUUUUGUCCAAGAAUCACCCAUAAUGACGCCUGGGAUAAUUUUAUUACGUGCAACAAAGCUCAAAUAGCAAAUCAAGAUAAUAAUAAACUUAUUCCAAAACGUGUCCAAAAUUGGCCUUUAUUGUUUGUUGUGUGUGAACCUUUAUUAUUACAUUUGAAUAAAAUUUUAUGCAUUUGCCGAGAUGUUAGGGGGAAAUGGGAAAGUACUAUCACUGUAGGGGAGGAUGGACUUGUAUAUAAAACAGCGGGUACUAAAUUGGAACAGACACAGUUGCAUCGUCUCUACACAAGCAACAUGAAGUUUCUGGUUUGCACUUUACUGCUGACAGCAGUGUUGGCCGAAGAGUCCGCCAAGAAAAAACGCGGAUUGGAGCUUGGAGGCGGUCAUUUCGGGGGCGGCAUCUCUUUCGGAGGACACGAAGGACUUUCGUUGGGUGGUGGACACGGAAUCGGCGGCGGCAUCGGUGGCGGCUAUGGCGGCGGCUAUGGCGGCGGGGUGGAGGAAGGCCACGUCACCCACAUCACCCUCCACAAGCAAAUUCCGGUACCAAUUCCACAUCCGGUUCCAUAUCCAGUGGAGAAGAAAGUACCAUACCCUGUCAAAGUACCAUACCCAGUCAAAGUCGAUAAACCAUACCCCGUCCACGUGCCCCAGCCCUACCCAGUCCAUAUCGACAAGCCCUACCCCGUCAAAGUAGAAAAGACUGUCCCAUACCCUGUCAAAGUCCCAGUCAAAGUGCCAGUCCCCGUCAAGGUCGAAGUACCAAUCCCUAAACCAUACCCAGUCCCAGUGCACAAACCAGUUCCUGUACACAUCCCCGAGUACAACAUCGUCAAGAAACCAUAUCCAGUUUACGUCAAGGGUCACGAAGGUGGUUUCGGAGGCGGCGAUCUUGGCGGUCAUGGAGGUUUCGGAGGGGGUUUUGGCGGUCAUGAAAUCUCGGGCGGUUUCGGAGGACACGAAUUGUCUCUCGGCGGUGGUUUUGGACACCAUUAUUGCAUUUCUCAUCCAUCUGGCAACAUGAAGUUUUUGGUUUGCUCUCUUUUAUUAGCCACAACCGCUUUUGCUGAUAAUGUCAGAGAAAAGCGUGGCUUUUUAGGAGGCCAUGGAGGCGGCAUUUCUCUCGGUGGAGGCGGCCAUGGAGGUAGCAUUUCCCUCAGUGGUGGCGGCCACGGGGGCGGCAUUUCUCUCGGUGGAGGUGGCCAUGGCGGCGGCAUCUCUUUCGGAGGACAUGAAAGUAUCUCUCUAGGAGGAGGACAUGAAAGCAUCUCUUUGGGGGGCGGCCAUGAAGGCAUUUCUCUGGGAGGAGGACAUGGCGGAUUUGGCGGGGGAAUUUCUCUUGGAGGACAUGGGGGUGGUGGUGGUGGCGGUGGAGGCGGCGCCAUCGUCGAAGAAGGACACGUCACUCACAUCACCCUCCACAAACAAAUCCCGGUACCAAUUCCACACCCGGUACCAUAUCCCGUCGAAAAGAAAGUACCAUACCCAGUGAAAGUCCCAGUCGCUGUCAAGGUCGACAAACCUUAUCCCGUCAAAGUGCCAAAGCCUUAUACUGUCCAUAUCGAUAAGCCUUAUCCUGUCAAAGUAGAAAAGACUGUCCCAUACCCUGUCAAAGUACCAGUCAAGGUUCCAGUACCAGUGAAGGUAGCUGUGCCUAUUCCCAAACCUUACCCAGUCCCAGUACACAAGCCUGUGCCUGUUCAUAUUCCAGAAUAUAAAAUUAUCAAAAAGCCUGUCCCUGUGUUCGUGAAAGGAGGACAUGAGGAAUUCUCAUCUGGGGGAUAUGGAGGUGGAGAGGAAUUGUCCUUUGGAGGCGGUCACAGUUUUAGUUCCGGAGGCAGCUUUGGACAUCAUUAAAUCAAAUCAUUCAUCCUUAUCAUCACUUUCAUUUUUCAUCAAUCAUUCAUCAUCAAAAUCCAAUAGCUCAACCUUCGGAUUAUUAUAAUAUUAACGAGGAUUAGCUCCGUUAAAACGGAGAAUUUCCUUUUUUGAGACUGGAACCGAAAAUGAAUUGUUGUGUAACUGUUAAUGUAUUAAAUAUCCCUAAAGUAGGGACACUGUAUAUGUACCUCUCUUUCUUUAAAUAAACUAGUAUUUUAGAUGAAA